CUGCUGGUUCCUCCCCCCCAACACACACACCCGCCACGCCCGGGCUCGACCCCCACCCCGCCCCCUGCGCCUUCCCGCCCGGAGCUGGAGAAGCGGACGCGCCUUCUCCCCCCUCCAGCCCCCAGAUCGCUCCCGGCUUCUCCCUCACACACGGGUCCCGGCUCCCCCGCCGCCUCGUCGUUAAGGCUGGAGGUCCUCGAGCGCCUGCUGCCCAGGACGUCCCCUCCUCCCCCUGCGCCCCCGAUGGAGUCGGAGAUGCUGCCGUCGCCGCUCGUGGGACUCGGGGAGGAAGAGGAGGCCGACGUCGCGGACUGGAACCUGCCCCUGGCUUUCAUGAAGAAAAGGCACUGCGAGAAGAUCGAAGGCUCCAAAUCCCUGGCGCAGAGCUGGAGGAUGAAGGACCGGAUGAAGACCGUUAGUGUGGCCUUGGUCCUGUGCCUGAAUGUGGGCGUGGAUCCUCCAGAUGUGGUGAAGACUACACCCUGUGCGCGACUGGAGUGUUGGAUAGAUCCUCUGUCUAUGGGUCCUCAGAAAGCGCUGGAAACCAUCGGUGCAAAUCUACAGAAGCAGUAUGAGAACUGGCAGCCAAGGGCCCGGUACAAGCAGAGCCUGGACCCCACUGUGGAUGAAGUAAAGAAGCUUUGCACGUCCCUGCGCCGGAACGCCAAGGAGGAGCGGGUCCUCUUCCACUAUAAUGGCCACGGGGUGCCCAGGCCCACAGUGAAUGGAGAGGUCUGGGUCUUCAACAAGAACUACACGCAGUACAUCCCUCUGUCCAUAUAUGACCUGCAGACAUGGAUGGGCAGCCCAUCCAUCUUUGUCUACGACUGCUCCAACGCUGGCCUCAUCGUGAAGUCCUUCAAACAGUUUGCACUGCAGAGGGAGCAAGAGCUGGAGGUAGCUGCAAUUAACCCAAACCACCCGCUUGCCCAGAUGCCCUUGCCCCCGUCCAUGAAAAACUGCAUCCAGCUGGCAGCCUGUGAGGCCCACGAGCUCCUGCCCAUGAUCCCCGACCUCCCAGCCGACCUGUUCACAUCCUGCCUCACCACUCCCAUCAAGAUUGCUCUGCGCUGGUUUUGCAUGCAGAAGUGUGUUAGUCUGGUGCCUGGAGUCACACUGGAUUUGAUAGAAAAGAUCCCUGGACGGCUGAACGACCGGAGAACCCCUCUGGGCGAGCUGAACUGGAUCUUCACAGCCAUCACAGACACCAUUGCCUGGAAUGUGCUCCCUCGGGAUCUCUUCCAAAAGCUCUUCAGACAGGACCUGCUGGUGGCAAGUUUGUUUAGAAAUUUUUUGUUGGCAGAAAGAAUCAUGAGAUCGUACAACUGCACUCCAGUUAGCAGCCCACGACUCCCACCGACAUACAUGCAUGCCAUGUGGCAGGCCUGGGACCUUGCCGUGGACAUUUGUCUGUCUCAGCUGCCGACCAUCAUCGAGGAGGGCACUGCCUUCAGGCACAGUCCAUUCUUCGCUGAGCAGCUGACAGCAUUCCAGGUGUGGCUCACAAUGGGUGUGGAGAACAGGAGUCCCCCUGAGCAGCUGCCCAUUGUCCUACAGGUGCUGCUAAGCCAGGUGCACCGGCUGAGGGCCUUGGACUUGUUGGGACGCUUUUUGGACUUGGGUCCCUGGGCGGUGAGCUUGGCCCUGUCCGUGGGCAUCUUCCCCUACGUGUUGAAGUUGCUCCAGAGCUCAGCCCGAGAGCUGCGGCCACUCCUUGUCUUCAUCUGGGCCAAAAUCCUUGCUGUGGACAGUUCGUGCCAGGCUGACCUCGUGAAGGACAACGGUCACAAGUACUUCCUUUCCGUCUUGGCAGACCCAUACAUGCCAGCCGAACAUAGGACCAUGACAGCCUUCAUUCUUGCUGUAAUCGUCAACAGCUACACUACAGGGCAAGAAGCCUGCCUACAGGGGAACCUGAUUGCCAUCUGCCUGGAACAGCUCAGUGACCCACACCCCUUGCUGCGCCAGUGGGUGGCCAUUUGCCUGGGAAGGAUCUGGCAGAAUUUCGACUCUGCGAGAUGGUGUGGGGUGAGAGACAGCGCCCACGAGAAGCUCUACAGCCUCCUGUCUGACCCCAUCCCUGAGGUCCGAUGUGCAGCUGUGUUUGCCCUUGGCACCUUUGUGGGAAACUCUGCUGAGAGAACUGACCACUCAACCACCAUCGACCACAACGUGGCCAUGAUGUUGGCACAGCUCAUCAAUGAUGGGAGCCCCAUGGUCCGGAAGGAGUUGGUGGUGGCCCUGAGUCACCUCGUAGUCCAAUAUGAGAGCAAUUUCUGCACUGUGGCCCUGCAGUUCAUGGAAGAGGAAAAGAACUACCCCUUGCCUUCUCCCGCAGCCACAGAGGGGGGGAGCUUAACCCCUGUUCGAGACAGCCCGUGCACCCCCAGACUCCGUUCAGUGAGCUCCUAUGGGAACAUCCGAGCAGUCACCACAGCUAGGAACCUGAACAAAUCCUUGCAGAAUCUGAGCUUGACGGAAGAAUCGGGCAGCUCGGUGGCCUUCUCCCCUGGGAACCUCAGCACCAGCAGUAGCGCCAGCAGCACCUUGGGAAGCCCUGAGAACGAGGAGUACAUCCUGUCCUUUGAGACCAUCGACAAGAUGCGGCGUGUGAGCUCCUACUCAGCACUCAACUCCCUCAUAGGAGUUUCUUUCAAUAGUGUUUACACUCAAAUUUGGAGAGUCUUACUGCAUCUAGCUGCUGAUCCCUAUCCAGAUGUUUCUGAUUUGGCCAUGAAAGUCCUCAACAGCAUUGCUUACAAGGCCACGGUGAACGCCCGGCCCCAGCGCACCCUGGACACGUCCUCUCUCACUCAGUCGGCCCCAGCCAGCCCAACCAACAAGGGCGUACACAUCCACCAAGUGGGAGGUUCUCCGCCAGCGUCUAGCAGCAGCAGCUGCAGCCUGACCAAUGACGUGGCCAAGCAGACUGUCAGCCGUGACCUGCCUUCCAGCCGCCCGGGCACUGCAGGCCCCACAGGGGCACAGUACACCCCUCACUCCCACCAGUUCCCUCGAACGCGAAAGAUGUUUGACAAAGGCCCUGACCAGACCACAGACGAUGCUGAUGAUGCCGCAGGACACAAGAACUUCGUUUGUGCCACAAUACAGACUGGGUUCUGCGACUGGAGUGCCCGCUACUUUGCCCAGCCGGUCAUGAAGAUCCCUGAAGAGCAUGACCUGGAGAGCCAGAUCCGCAAGGAACGCGAGUGGCGGUUCCUGAGGAACACUAGAGUCAGAAAGCAGGCGCAGCAGGUCAUCCAGAAGGGCAUCACCAGACUGGAUGAUCAGAUAUUUCUGAACAGGAACCCUGGAGUGCCCUCUGUGGUCAAAUUCCACCCCUUCACGCCUUGCAUAGCUGUCGCCGACAAGGACAGCAUCUGUUUUUGGGACUGGGAGAAAGGAGAGAAGCUGGACUACUUCCACAAUGGCAACCCUCGGUACACUAGAGUCACCGCCAUGGAGUACCUGAAUGGCCAGGACUGCUCCUUGCUGCUGACAGCCACAGACGAUGGCGCCAUCAGGGUCUGGAAGAAUUUUGCUGAUUUGGAAAAGAAUCCAGAGAUGGUUACUGCAUGGCAGGGGCUCUCAGACAUGCUACCAACCACACGAGGAGCUGGGAUGGUGGUAGACUGGGAACAAGAAACCGGCCUCCUCAUGAGCUCAGGGGACGUGCGCAUUGUUCGAAUCUGGGACACUGACCGUGAGACGAAAGUGCAGGAUAUCCCCACCGGUGCUGACAGCUGUGUGACAAGUCUGUCCUGCGAUUCCCACCGCUCACUCAUUGUGGCUGGCCUGGGCGAUGGCUCCAUCCGCGUCUAUGACAGGAGGAUGGCACUCAGUGAAUGCCGGGUCAUGACGUACCGAGAGCACACAGCGUGGGUGGUAAAGGCCUUCCUGCAGAAGCACCCUGAGGGCCGCAUCGUGAGCGUGAGUGUCAAUGGAGACGUGCGCUUCUUUGAUCCUCGGAUGCCUGAGUCUGUGAACGUAAUGCAGAUUGUGAAGGGGCUGACAGCCCUCGACAUCCAUCCCCAAGCAAACCUGAUCGCCUGUGGCUCCAUGAACCAGUUCACAGCCAUCUACAAUGGAAACGGAGAGCUGAUCAACAACAUCAAGUACUAUGACGGCUUUAUGGGCCAGCGAGUCGGCGCCAUCAGCUGCUUGGCUUUCCACCCACACUGGCCUCAUCUGGCAGUUGGAAGCAAUGACUACUACAUCUCUGUGUACUCUGUGGAGAAGCGCGUCAGAUAGCGACACCCAGGACCCCAGCCAGGCUGCAGCCACCCUCUGCUGUACAUAGUGAACCAAACCACUGCCCACCCUGCAAACCUCAGCUCCUGACGUGGCCGUGGCCAGCUGAGGAGGGGCUUGCACGUCUUUCUGUCUGUCUUCACUGUAAUGUACAAGUCCAGAGCAGGGGAGGGUUUGACGCUGCUUCCCAAAAGAACCAGCACCCAGGCACCAAGGACCUCAUGAUGCCUCUCAGUGUGCAUCUUGGCCCUGUGCUGUCCCAUUUCCUUCUGAGGCUUUACAAAGGGAUACAUUCGGUGUCUCCGUGUGGUCAAAGCAUUAGUCACAGGACAGACGGAGCCCUGUAGAAAAGCUGCGUGUGGGGCUCCUGAGGAGCCACGGCCCAGCCCCGCUGUCCUCUCAGUGUGGACGGGAGCCCCUCCGAGUAGGCUGGGCAGUACUAGGAAUGGACGACCAAUUGAGGGAGGGGAGGGGAGGCCUCUCCCGCUCCCCGAGUGUGGAGUCUGAGCCUGGCCCUCCUAGGGCACUGAGGCAGGCAGCCCAGCACACCCACGUCUUCCCUGGGCAUAUUAUGGUGUGAGGAAGGGGCCCCUCCUGCACAGGAUCUGGUUAGAGGAAAGGGCUCUGUGGCUCUGGACAGGUGAGGCAGGUCUGUAGAAUUAGCUAUAGCCUCAGCCUGCCGGGCAAUGUCGUUCUCAAGUGCUUCUCUCCCAUAGGGCAGUAGCAGAGGCCACAGCUCCCUGUGUGUGCCACGCACAGGCACACACGCAUGCAGGCACGCAGCCUCCCCAUCCAUGCCCAAGCACAUGUGUGUGCCCUGGUCCUCCCGUCUGUGCGCACACAUGCAGGCCCGCAGUCUCACACCUGCACAUGUGUGGGCACUGUGGCCUGCCGCACGUGUUGUCACGUGCUGGCCUCACACUCGUCACACAGACACAGACGUUCAGAGACCGCGCUGCACCCUAGAGGCAUGUGGGCAGCAACAGCCCACUGAUGGUGUAGCGCAGGCUGCGCCAUGCAGUCUGUGACGUGACAGCGUCUCAGCGGUGUCUGGUGUGUCCGGAUGUGUCUGUGCACACGCAGGCGAGAGGCCAUCGCCAUUUCCGCCCUGGCCGGAGCACAGCGUUGCUGAGGAGCCGCACACAAACGGGCACAGCACAGUAAUGACGAUUUGAAAAGCAUUUUCCGUUUUCCCUGGGAAUCAGGAUCUUUCAGAGGACAAAGUGACUUAAUGAGUCCUGCCAGCAGGAGUCCAGUGACACGGGUGGGGACAGUUAGGGCAGAGGCUGGGUCCCUGCGCUGUGGGCAGCGGACUUGUUUGAGUCAGGAGCAUCACCCAUGUGAAAGGGUCCAUGCAGGCAGUGCCGGGCUGACCACAGGGCCAGAGGGGGCUGGACAAGUAGGACAGGAGACCCUUGUACCGGGAGGGGCUCAUCCCCUUGGCCGGGCCAGGCAGCAGCUUGGAGUCAGGGAGGCCUUAGAGCCACCUCACAGCCCCAGGAGCCCAGCUGCCCAUCUCUGCAGGGCACUCCAGUCAGGGACACGCCGGGACCUUCCAGCAGCUGAACUCCAAGUGAGGUCCAGCUCAGUCCCUGUCUAGCUGGUGGUUCUGCUUGGGCAGCACAGGGCCAUCUGAGGGGUGGGGGUCGACUCCCUCCCCAGUGGAACUGCAGCGCUUGCAUCUUGCCCACGGACUGGGCCUUCACAGAUCUGAUGCGAAAAUUCAAUCAUGGAACUAACCAAGGCUCAAGAGAGCGCUGGCCUAGAGUUCAUUGUCUCUAUUUAUUUUACCAAAAUGAGAGUUGAAAAGGACUGACAAGACAUGGAACUGCAGUGAAGCUCAGAGCAGUGACAAGCAGCAAAGUGUUAAUAAAGAGUAAAGCUGUGA